AUGGACAGUAGCCACGACGCCCCGGCUCCCUCGAGACGUGGGCACCAAGAAGAGACCGACAGCAACAAACAGCAUAGCGAAGCGGUGCGCACAAGUCACAGACCCACCCACACAGACAGACACACAAACCCAUUGGUGUGUGUCAAUCGCUGGUCAGGUGCCUGAUGAUGACGGCGGCGCCAAGAAGCGUAGACGCGUAGACAUCAGCCCUGCUGCUGGUGGUGGGCAUAGCGGAGGUACGCAAAGCAUCGGCUGCUGUCGAUGGACUGCAUAUCGUCAUGACCCUCCUGUGCUGUGUGUUGUGUGGUGCCUUCAGGUGGCUCGAUUGGUGCGGGUGGUGCUGCGGCAGAGUCACAGCAGCAACAGGGAGGUGCCACCUCACUGUCGGCAGAUCUGACGGCUUUCAACAUGCAGCACCCCCACCAGCAGCAGCAGCAGCAGCACCCCGUGUGGUACGUCCUCGCCCACCGCGGCAGCGAUUUUCUGCUGCGGGAUGUGCUGCGUCUGAGGAAGACCUGCAGCUGGGCCAGAGGCCUCUUCGGAGCACCUCAGCUGCGACAGCGGCUCAGCCAUUCGCUCAGCACACAGGCGGGGCUGCGGCGGACGGCCAACGGACAGCAGCUGCUGACAUUCGCCGACCAGCAGAUGGGUGUGGGUGACCUGCUGGCGGCGCUGUGUGUGACGGAGGCGGGCGGCUGGAGUGAGAUGAGCGAGGCGGUCGAGCUGGCGGGGCAGUGCGGCAACUACCAGCUGCCUGUGAGGCUCACUUCGGCCGAUCUGCACCGAUACGCAAACAAGACGGUAAGCCAACCGAGGGAGGGAGGGAGAAGGGAUGGCUCUCAUUCGGUGUGUGGUGUGUUGAUGUGGUGUGUGUGUAGGCGUAUUUGGCCGCUCUCCGUGUGUUGGCUCAGCUGAAGAUGGUCGGCCCCCACAUCCACUUCGGCAGCGGCGUGGCCUUCCAACUGUUCUUGCGCGGCAACACACUUCGGGCCAUCAAGGACCAGAACGGCUACGAGAUCAACAUCAACCCGCCCCUCCCUCUCAACCACCUCUACCAACAGCACCGACAGCAACAUGACCCACCAGUCCGCAGCAGGAUCACAUAUUCCUCGUCCACGGGCUGGCAGUCGCUGAUUGGGGAGGCUCGGGUCUACUCGUCUGUGUCAUCGAUGGUCAAGAAGAUCAUCAUCGACCACUUCAACGGGACUCACCCCACCGUCACCACUCACUACCGUAUAGUCGACAGGUGAGGCGGGGCAUCACUCUGUGUGGGCAUUGUGACGACACACGAGUAUGUGUUAUGUGUAUCAGGCAUGUCGACAACAGCCGGCUGCACAGCAUCAUGACACAGUCCCCUCACACACCAGUGGAGGGAUGCACCACAACCGCAUCAUUCCGCUUUGCUGCCAUUUUCGCUGACCGUCGUUAUCUCGUCCUGACCAACGCCAGCCAUCCCUUCGUCGCAUGGAUCUACAUCCAGGAUGUGCUGCACAACACUGCUCAGCCCAGUCCGGCACAGCGAGGGGGAGGAAAUGCGCCACUCUCAUCUCUGUCCUCUGCUGUCAUCCAUUUGCAGUCGCUGUUUGUGUCAGGACGACCGAGCCGAAUGUGUCUGGCGUGGGUGGCGCCUUCAAGGACCGCUUCCCAGUGACUUAUCGGCUGGCGCGUGUGGUGCUGGGGGCCGUCAUCUCAGCCGUGGUCUUCGACCAAUAG